AGAGGAGCUCGGGCGCCUGCCGGGCGCGGCGGGCAGCCCGCUGGCGCUGGGCGCGGCGGGCGCCCGCCUGGUGGACCCAGACGGCAUCGUGCGCCGGGCGGCCCUCUCCGCGCUGGUGCGGCUGGCGGCCGGCACGGCCGCCGCCGAGGGCAGCCUCCAGCACGCGAUGGGGUGCCUGGGCGACCCCGACGACAACGUGCGCGUGGUUGCCCUGGCUGCCGUCGCGGAGAGCUCGCCCCCUCCGCGGGUGACGAGCGCGCCCUGGACGCCGUGUGCCCGCACCUGCGCGACGCGGACGACGACGUGCGCAAGGCGGCGGCGACGGCUCUCGGCAAGCUCGGGGCCCAGGGGGACCGGAGGAUGGCCCUGGUGGGGCCCCUGCUGGACGACGAUGACGAGGGCGUGCGGCGGUCCGCCGCCCGGGCCUUCGCGCGGCUCAGCCCCCUCGGCGACGCGGCGGCGAUCGCCCGGCUGACUGGCGCCCUCCGGGGCGAGGACGAGCCCGAGGUGAAGAGCGCGCUGGCCAGCGCGCUGGCGUGGGUGAGGUCGGGCGGGGGCAGCUCGGGGCAGCCGGCCGCGCCGUGAGGGCCCCGUUAUGCUCUUCCUCCUCCUCCUUGUCGUUCCGAACCUCAGUUUGGCGUCGAGCAUCCGAGCCUCCGUUUGGCGUUGGGCGUAGUUGUUAGCAGCAUGCGCGCUCCGUCGGGAUGGCUACACAGCAUCCAACUUAGAUCACACAGCCGGGCGGCAGGGACAACCGAGGAGCAG